AUGCCCAUAUCAGCUCUUCCCCAGUCCACUGUUCGAACUCUAGGCUCCUCAAUUACUAUCACCACUCCUUGCGGCGUGGUCAAGGAGCUCAUUGACAAUGCCAUUGACGCUGGAGCCAGCUAUAUUGAAGUUGCAGUCUCUUCCAACCAUCUUGAUACGAUCCGAGUCCGAGACGAUGGCCAUGGAAUCGACAUCGACGACUUUGAUGCCCUGGGCCGGCGAGCUCAUACUAGCAAGUUGAGAGCAUUUGAUGAGCUUGGAUCAAGAGCUAGGGAAACAUUCGGCUUUCGCGGCGAAGCACUUGCAGCAAUGAACACUUUCGCUGCCGUCUCCAUCACCACUCGGACACCAAAUGAUGUGGUGGCGACUCGUUUACAGCUCAAGCGCGCUGUUGGAGGAGCGGAGAAUAGAUCCCCUGCAUCAGCUCCCGUUGGUACAACCGUCCAAGUUACGAAGCUCUUUGAUACGUUGCCCCCUAGAAAGCAAUAUUCUUUGAAGAACAGCGCCAAGUACAUCAAAUCUACCAGGGAUCUCUUGAAAGCAUAUGUGUUAGCUCGGCCUGUUCUCAGGUUAUCAUUUAAAGUACUCGGCGAGGCUACAGGCAGCUGGUCAUAUGCUCCAGCUUGUGCGGCAGAUAUCAACGAGGCCGCUCUACAGAUAUUCGGAAAGCCUUUGGCCAGCAGCUGUAUCCAUGUGUCUCGUAAUUCCGCAUGCGAUCAAGCCGAACUCCCCCAGGCCAGCCAACAGGUAGCCGAAGAUUUUAUACUGGAAGCUUUCAUGCCAAAGCCCGGUUUUGACGUCCAUGCCGUCAAAGGCAAAGGCCUCUACUUAUCAGUCGACUCAAGGCCACUCUCAGCUACUUGUGGCAUAGCCAAGACAAUCACAGCCAUUUUCAAAAACCAUUUAAACAGAGCCACAGAUGGCACAAAAUCUGGUAUCAGCAUACCCAACCCUUUUUUACGGCUCAAUAUUCGCUGUCCAGCCUAUAGUUACGAUGCGAACGUUGCGCCGCUGAAAGACGAAGUUUUAUUUGGAGACGAAAAUAAAAUCAUUGCUAGUUUUACGGGAUUAUGCCAGCGAGUAUAU